CAACAAUGGUAGGUUUUAAGUCAAUUUUUUCUUUUUUAACAGAUAAGCUCUAAGAGAAGGUGCGUGCAAGAUGUGGUGGAGUGGGCGACGCCACACGCAGCUACUUCGAUUCUUCCUCAUGUUUAUCAUUCUUCAAAUUUUUUAUAGGAUUAGUUACUCCGAUUAAACAAAAAGGUCAUUUUCUGAUCAAUAUAAGUCAAGGUUAUGCCCUUCUCCUCUCACGCACAAACCCUUUCUUUCAUUUGAUCUCCUGUUUAAGCUUUGAAAAUGGCAGCUUCCUGUAUUUACGAUGUGUUCUUGUCUUUCAGCGGUGUUGAUACUCGCAAGAAUUUUACGGCCCACCUCUUGGCCGCUUUGGAGCGCCAUGAUUUAUACACUUUCAGAGAUGACACUAAACUCACCAGAGGAGAAGAAAUUGGUCCCGAAUUGCUCAAAGCAAUCGAGCAAUCUAAGGUUUCCGUUAUCAUAUUCUCCAAAAGCUACGCGUCCUCAAGAUGGUGCCUUGAUGAGCUUGUAAAGAUCAUGAAUUGCAAGAGGAGAUUUGGUCAGAUUGUUAUUCCCAUCUUCUAUGACAUCCAACCCUCCGACGUUCGCUCACAAAGGGGUUGUUAUGAAGAAGCAUUUGCAAGUCACGAAAAGCGGUUCGACAUGAAAAUGGUGAAGAAUUGGAGGUCGGCUCUUAAAGAAGCUGCCAAUUUGUCCGGUUACGACCUGCAAAAUAUGGCCAACGGGUGCGAGUCAACGUUUAUUGAGACUGCUGUUCGAGAAGUCGCAGAUAAACUAAAUCUGACGUGUUUAAGUGUUGCGGACUACCCAGUUGGUAUACAACCUCGUGUUCAAAAACUGAGUGAGUUUCUAAAGUUGGGAUCAAAUAGUGAUAAUGUUAGGAUUGUUGCCAUAUGGGGGAUUGGUGGAUCAGGAAAGACUACAAUUGCUAAAGCUAUGUAUAAUCGCAUAUAUCGCAUUCGUGAAUUUGAAAGCAGUAGCUUUCUUGCAAAUGUUGGACCAACUUCCAUGCAACCUAACGGCUUUGUUGAAUUACAAGAAAAGCUUCUUUGUGAUCUCCGAUUGGAUGGAAAUCAGAGAAUAAGAAGCCAGGAUCAUGGAAUUGAGGUGAUAAAACGGCGAGCAUGGUGUCGAAAGGUUCUUCUUGUUCUCGAUGAUGUGGAUAACAUCCGGCAAUUGAGGGCAUUAGCCAUAAAUCGUGAUUUGUUACGUUCUGGAAGCAUAAUCAUAGUAACAACUAGAAAUUUGUCUUCGGUAAGUUCGCUUCAAGUGGAUGAGGUGUAUAAGCCUAAGGAGUUAAAUAGGGAGGAAUCCCUUCAACUCUUCAGUUGGCAUGCCUUUAGAAGAGGCCAGCCUGUAGAAGACUAUGAGAUCCUCUCUGAGGAAGUUGUGAGUUAUGCUAAGGGGCUUCCUUUAGUUCUUGAAAUUUUAGGUUCCUUUUUGUCGGACAAAACUGUACGUGAAUGGAGAAGUGAAUUGAAGAAGUUGAAAAAGAUCCCAAAUAAUGAUGUUCAAGGAAAACUUAGGCUGAGUUUCGAUUCACUUGAUAAUGAACAAAGGGGUUUAUUCCUAGAUAUUGCAUGUUUUUUUGUUGGAAUGGACCAAGACUUGUCAAUCAAAAUACUAGGAGGCUGCGGUUUCUUCCCAGAAUCUGGAAUUGGGGUUCUAUAUCGUCGUUGUCUUGUGAGCAUUGAUCGGCAUAACCGGCUGAUGAUGCAUGAUCUGAUUCAAGACAUGGCUAAAGAAAUCGUCCGCCAAGAAUCCCUCGAAGAACCUGGUGAACGUAGUAGGUUAUGGUAUCAUGAAGAUGUUCUCGAUGUACUGAAAAAUAAUACAGGGACGAAAGCAAUUCAAGGUUUAGUCCUGAACUUGCCUGAAUCAGAAAAGGUAAAACUAAAAGCAAAGGCAUUUACGAAGAUGGAGAGGCUGAGACUGCUUCAUCUCAAUAAUGUCCAUCUAAGAGGAAGCUACAAACAUCUCUCUGGAAGACUUGUAUGGCUAUCCUGGAAAGGAUUUUCUUCAAAUUAUAUACCAUCAAACUUAAUUAUGGAUAAUCUAGUUGCCAUUGACUUGAGCUAUAGCAAGCUGAAACAAGUAUGGAGAGGAACGAAGGUUUUGUACAGAUUGAAAUACCUCAAUCUCGGCCAUUCCUAUUUCUUGAUCAAUACUCCAGACUUCACAGGGUUCGCCAGUCUUGAGAAAUUGUUACUUAAUGAUUGUACAGAGCUGGUAGAGGUUCACCAAUCUAUUGAACAUCUGAAAAAUCUUCUUGUCUUGAAUUUGAAGAAUUGCCAUAAUCUUCAGAAGAUUCCUCUGUGCAUUUUCACGUUGAAUUCUCUCCUUGAUUUCAGUCUGUCCGGCUGCUCCAAAUUAGAGUGGCCAACAUUUUUUCAAGGAUCCCCACUUGAAUCAAGCUUUUCGUCGUUACAGUUAUCAAGUAGCAUCAGGGAAUUGAAUAUGGAAAACUGCAAUAUAACAUAUGUGCCCAGCGAAAUUGGUAGUUUGGUGUCCUUGGAAUUUUUGAAUCUUAGCCAAAACAAUUUUUCUAUCCUACCAGCUACCAUAAGUAGCCUUCAGCUUCUCAAGGCCCUCUCUGUAAGUCAAUGUACUCGGCUUGAAUCGAUUCCUGAGCUUCCAGUAAAUUUAUUGACAUUGCAUGCAAACUACUGCACAUCAUUGCAAAGCAUAAAAAUAGAAUCAAAAUCAGCAGAAACAUCAUUGAGGAGAUUGUACCAUUUUCCCGACAGUUCUGUAUAUAAAUUUAGUAGAAAUCUCCGUUAUCAGGGACUGCGAGAAGAAGGAGCAUUGAAUAUUUUUCUUUACGGGCUUCCUAGGUGGUGCAACUACCAGAGUGAGGGAGACGUUUUAAGUUUUCAGGUGCCUCUGCUUCUGGGUGGAACAAUUUUCUUGAAACAGGGGGACGACAAGGAUCCUGACUUAUGUGAUGCCUCAGAUCAUUCAAUCACAAUUGCCUCAAAUAUUCCUCCACUUAAUGAAAAUGUGUCUCGGAAUUGGGAGAGUAGUGAAGCGGAAGGUAGUCUGGUUUACAAGGGGAACCACAAGGAUCCUGACUUAUGCGAUGCCUCAGAUCACUCAAUCAGUAUUGCCUCAUAUAUUCUUCCAUUUAAUGAAAAUGUGUCUCGGAAACGGAAGAGUAAUGAAAAUGUGUCUUGGAAUUGGAAGAGUAGUGAAGCGGAAGGUAGUUUGGCGUACAAGGGGAACAACAAGGAUCCUGACUUAUGUGAUGCCUCAGAUCACUCAAUCACAAUUGGCUCAUAUAGUCCUCCAUUUUAUGAAAAUAUGUCUCGGAAACGGAAGGUACAUUUUUUUCUUGACAUGAGUCUGGGAAUUGGAAGAGUAGUGAAGCGGAAGGUAGUCUGGUGUACAAGGGGAACGACAAGGAUCCUGACUUAUGUGAUGCCUCAAAUCACUCAAUCACUAUUGGCUCAUAUAUUCCUCCGUUUUAUGAAAAUGUGUCCCGGAAACGGAAGAGUAAUGAAAAUGUGUCUUGGAAUUGGAAGAGUAGUGAAGCGGAAGAUAGUCUGGUGUGCAAGGGGAAAGGCAAGGAUCCUGACUUACGUGAUGCCUCAGAUCACUCAAUCACUAUUGCCUCAUAUGUUCCCCCAUUUAAUGAAAAUGUGUCUCGGAAAAGGAAGAGUAAUGAAGCAGAAGGUAGUCUGGUUUACAAGGGGAAUGACAAGGAUUCUGACUCAUUUGAUGCUACAGAUCAGUCAAUCACCAUUGCCUCGUAUAUUCCUCCACUUAGCGAAAACUUGUCUCAACAGAAGGUAUAUUUUUUUCUUGAGAGUAAUCUAGUCUAAUACUAAUAGUACUUCCUCACCUUCUAUAUGGUGGAAGUUCACAAAAGUGUUUUAAUAGUUAUAAUAAAGAAAGAUAGAUUGGUAGAUUGAAGGAUUUCAAAUUAAUGUAUGCAAUUUUUUAAUUAUUUAACAAGUAUAGUAUAAAUUUGGAUUGAGAAAUUUGUAUUUAAGUUU